AUGGGCUUUACUCGACCGCCGCGUUAUAACCCGCACAGACCCGAUGGUAUCCUAGAUUCGGUGCCCCCCUGGAUAAGAGACGAUCCCCGUUAUCGCGAGUUUGAUACCUGCAAGUGCAGAUACAGCUUCAAUUGCCCGUCGCCCGGCUUGAAAUUCGGCCACUGCUCGAGGGACAAAAAGUACUGUUGCUUCAACAGCAAAAGAUUCCCAGGACUGUUGGGAGGACAAAAUUAUCCAUAUUAUCCCGGUGCGCCGCACAAGUACGGACCGAGCGGUUUCGCGCCGACGAAUUAUUACGGCAAUCGCAGACCGUACGGCGGUGGCUACCAGCAUCCGUCUUCCGGUGACUAUUAUCCGGGACCCUAUGGCGGCGCUUAUGGUCAUCGUAAUGAGUUCGAGCCAUACGGCUACGACGGGGAACCUGACGAUUAUGCGAUCUACGGGCGGUCGUUGGGCAAGAAUCAGACGCAGGAAGCAAGCGGGAAGCCAAAGACGGACGAGGAAAUCAAGAAGCGGUGAUCGUAUAAAUAAUAUUCUCGAUCGUUUCAUCGAUCGCGUUCUUCACUCCCGAUGGAGAUGCCAAAGAUGCGACAGAUAUAUAGGUUUUCCUCCCUUUACAUCGAACAAUCGUGUAAUUAAAUAAAGACGCAAAUCGAGUCUUUUGCGUCGAUAAUUAAUUUGAAUAUAAUUGUCUUCGCAUAAUUUAUUGUUAAUUGCAAACAUUAGUAACGCGCCGCUUUCGAAUUAAUAAAAUGCGCAUUGCUAUUCCUUUGGAAACAUUUUAGAAUGGAUUCUCUUUAAUCGACGAUAGUAAUAU